UCUCUGCUGCCCGCAGCCCUGUUCGUCUUCUGCACUAAGAGCCGCCGUGCGGAGCGCUACUGGCAGAAGACUCUGCUGCAGAUGGAGGAGAUGGAAUCUCAGAUCCGAGAGGAAAUCCGGAAAGGCUUUGCCGAGCUGCAGACGGACAUGACUGAUCUGACCAAGGAGCUGAACCGCAGCCAGGGCAUCCCCUUCCUGGAGUAUAAGCACUUUGUGACCCGCACCUUCUUCCCUAAGACCCUCAACGCCCAGGGCAGCUCCACAGUGCAGGAGACCCACCCACUGCUGGGAGAGUGGAAGAUCCCGGAGAGCUGCCGGCCCAACAUGGAAGAGGGGAUCAGCCUGUUCUCCUCGUUGCUCAACAACAAGCACUUCCUCAUUGUCUUCGUGCAUGCGCUGGAGCAGCAGAAAGACUUUGCAGUGCGUGACAGGUGCAGCCUGGCCUCCCUGCUGACCAUCGCGCUCCACGGCAAGCUGGAGUACUACACGGGCAUCAUGAAGGAGCUGCUGGUGGACCUCAUCGACGCCUCGGCCGCCAAGAACCCAAAGCUCAUGCUGCGGCGCACGGAGUCCGUGGUUGAGAAGAUGCUCACCAACUGGAUGUCCAUCUGCAUGUACAGCUGUCUGCGGGAAACAGUUGGGGAGCCAUUCUUCCUGCUCCUGUGUGCCAUCAAGCAGCAGAUCAACAAGGGCUCCAUUGAUGCCAUCACAGGCAAGGCCCGCUACACGCUCAACGAGGAGUGGCUACUGCGGGAGAACAUUGAGGCCAAGCCCCGGAACCUGAAUGUGUCCUUCCAGGGCUGCGGCAUGGACUCGCUGAGUGUGCGGGCCAUGGAUACGGACACGCUGACACAGGUGAAAGAGAAGAUUCUGGAAGCCUUCUGCAAGAAUGUGCCCUACUCUCAGUGGCCACGUGCGGAGGACGUUGACCUCGAGUGGUUCGCCUCAAGCACGCAGAGCUAUAUCCUCCGGGACCUGGAUGACACCUCAGUGGUGGAAGAUGGCCGCAAGAAGCUCAACACACUGGCCCACUACAAGAUCCCUGAAGGUGCCUCCCUGGCCAUGAGCCUCACAGACAAGAAGGACAACACACUGGGCCGAGUGAAAGACUUGGACACAGAGAAGUAUUUCCAUCUGGUGUUGCCCACGGACGAGCUGGCAGAGCCCAAGAAGUCCCACCGGCAGAGCCACCGCAAGAAGGUGCUACCGGAGAUCUACCUGACUCGCCUCCUGUCCACCAAGGGCACGCUGCAGAAGUUUCUGGAUGACCUGUUCAAGGCCAUCCUGAGCAUCCGUGAGGACAAACCCCCACUGGCUGUCAAGUACUUCUUUGACUUCCUGGAGGAGCAGGCUGAGAAGAGGGGGAUCUCCGAUCCUGACACUCUGCACAUCUGGAAGACCAACAGCCUUCCUCUCCGGUUCUGGGUGAACAUCCUGAAAAACCCCCAGUUUGUCUUCGACAUCGACAAGACGGACCACAUCGACGCCUGCCUCUCUGUCAUUGCUCAGGCUUUCAUUGAUGCCUGCUCCAUCUCGGACCUGCAGCUGGGCAAGGAUUCGCCGACCAACAAGCUCCUGUACGCCAAGGAGAUCCCCGAGUACCGGAAGAUCGUGCAGCGCUACUACAAACAGAUCCACGACCUGACGCCGCUCAGCGAGCAGGAGAUGAACGCGCACCUGGCCGAGGAGUCGCGGAAAUACCAGAACGAGUUCAACACCAACGUGGCCAUGGCUGAGAUUUAUAAAUACGCCAAGAGGUAUCGCACACAGAUCAUGACCGCGCUGGAGGCGAACCCCACUGCCCGGAGGACCCAGCUGCAACACAAGUUCGAGCAGGUGGUGGCUCUGAUGGAGGACAACAUCUAUGAGUGCUACAGCGAGGCCUGAGCCUGGGGGAGACGCACCGCCCUUGACUUCACUUUGUGCCCCGUGCCUCGGACUCCAGCUGGGAAAGGACUGAGCAGGGUCGGCUUCGGGGGCGGUGGGGGGGGGAAUGGAGGGGCUUCUCUGAGCCAGGCAGAGGAGCCCCCAGUCCCGGGCCCCUCGGGCCCCUCUGUCCCCUCCCACCUGUCCCCCAGAUCUGAUCUCUGGACCGGGGACUUGGAAGCCACAGCCAGCCCCUGGUAAGGCUCCCGCCACCCCCCGAGCGCAGCCUGGACGGAGCCCCCGGCUCUGCCGCCGCCACUGCUGCUGAGAGGCCUGCCCCCCAGGGCCCAGCGCCCUCCGGCAGAGACGAGCCCCCGGCCCACGGGCCGCAGCCAGAAACACUACCUCAUCCAAUGUGGCGGAGGGGAGGCCUCCUUGAACCAGCCCUCGAGUGAUUUCUGCUUCAUCCACCAAAAUGUUCUCUCUGGCUUCGGUCACCCAGAGAGGACCGUGGUGACACACGGUUUCGAGCGGCUGCCGGUGGAGCGGGCGGCGCCCACUGCCCGUGGGCAGGCUCUGUGUGCUCUCCCACAAGCCGGGGCUGGGCAGAGGACCAGGGCCCAGGUGCUGAGCGCUGCUGGGCUGGAGGGAGGGGACAGGGGCUAAGUCGUACCAAGGCUGUAGCUGGGCUACUUGAUCUUGCUGGAAGUGUUUCUAAAGAUAGCACCACUUUUUUUUUUUUUUAAAAAAGCUUUUAUAUAUUAAAAAACUUAUCACGCGCCAACUGUGAAUAGCUGCCGCUUGUGCAGAGGACCCGGGGAGGGGUCCCCAGGGGCUCCCACCACAACACUGGAAAGGACUGUUCCAGAGGACAGGCAGACCUGGCAGAGACACCCCCCCCCCCCCAAACCCAAGGCCCUGAAAAAAUCACCCAUUCUGUUCCUGUCAGAAGCCACCCUCCGUGGCUGAGCCGGCUCCCCCCGCAGCAGACCCAGCCAGCACUGGGACUGGCUCCGAGCCCACGGGGGCUGGGCUGGAGGGGGUGGCUGGGAAGCUCUGGAACCUUCUUUGUAAUAAAAGCCUGAUGGGAAAAGCUGCUGUGGGCUCCAGCCUUUAUCCUGAGAUGGCCAAGGAGGGAAACGUGUGCUCGUAGUAGAAAGGAGAGGGGCAGCUGGGUGUAGAGCCCCGCCUCGGCCAUGCUCCUGCAUGCGGUUUGGGCAGAUACCGGACUUAGCCCCGGGGAGGCAGCGGCACGGUUCAGUGGGACCAGGUCUGCUUGCCUGGGCUUAGAGGGCGCCCAUGGGACCUCCAGGAAGAUGUCAUCGUGGCUAUGUGCCCCCUACCCCUAGGUAGGCCCUGCUCCUAUUACCUUUAUAACAGGCCUGUGAGGAAUGGAACAUUAUGCCCAUUUUACAGAUGUAGAAAUGGGCCCUCAGCACAGUGGAAGAAUCCCCACAGGUCAUUGCUGCUGCCUGGCUCUAAGUGGAGACCCAAACCAGGUUGCGGGGGCCCCUCAUUCCUCCAUUUUGUGCUUCCUCCAUGCAGUCUCCACAGUGGCACCCAAAGGUGUGGGGAGGUCAAGGUGACAGCCCUGGAAGAGAACUGAUGUUUACACAUGCCCCCUGAAUUUCUCAUCAGUCUUGAAAACCCCAUUUUUUCAUGUGAGGAAAUACGCAGUUUCCCCAAGGCCAGUGUAACCCUGGACUGUUCCCAGCUGGGCAGUCCACUCCUCAGGAUGGUUAACCUUAGUUGGGGUCUUACCAUAGAACCCCCAGCCCAGCCAGCGGGCUCUGGGGCUGAGCUGGGGGUGAGGUUCAUCGCUGUCCCCCCAAAGAAAAGGUCAUUAGAGAACUGGCUCCAAAUUAGAAGCAACUCAAUCAUUUUUCCAUCAUAAUGGGGAAAAAAUGAAGCACCCAUUUAUCAAGAAUACAAACUAGGACAGAAAAAUUCAUACAAUUUAAAACAAAAUCCCACAAAUACCAGUUCUAGAAUUAAUGAGAACAGAGGUGAGAAAAGAAAAAUAAACAAUUUUUAGCUUUAAAAAUAGCCUUUUCCUGUAGGGGCUCCUGGGUGGAGACAGAUUCUUUAUCUUUUCAAAUUUUCUAUUCUGAGCACUGAUUCCUUUUCAUUAAGCAGCAGAUUUUCUAAUUUAAGUUAUUGACACAUUUGAUAGGGAUUUUUUUUUUUUGGUGUGAUUUUAGAAUGAAUACACAUUUCCUGCAGAAAUGUCAGGAAAUCAAAGCCACCCUAACCCCCCCGUGGUUCGUGUCCCGGAGAAUGCCGGUCCAGAUCGUGUGCCCGCCUGGGUCGGGGGCUGAGUAAAUACGGGACCAGGGUGUACUCCCCCUUCUGUAACCUGCCUUUUCCCCGUGCGACAAUAUGUCAGUGACAUCUUUCUGUGGCAUUAAAUAUUCUGCAGCCUGUUGUGAUGCCUGCUGAA